AGAAGUGUUUUCGCGUUCCGUCAGUCGCACAGAUACCUCGUCGCACAUUAAAAUGGAAAUCAGUUACGAUCGAUUCGGAUAGCAGCGAUUGCCAUUGACUUGGAGCUAGUUUCUAGCGCGCGGUGAGCGCAAUGGAAGACUUGUGAAGGAAAAACAAGUUCUCGGAUUACGUAGCGUUCCACCCGAGACACCUGCAGCAUCAAACACCGUCAGCAAACACUUGCAGCUGCAACCCCCUUCGGAAGGUCUCAGCGCGGAUCACCCGCGAAAAGCGCGGCAGGUGCAGCACAUUUCUUCAGUUGCCCGAGUGACUUGAGCGUGUGCGCAGUGACGAAAGGGUUUUUCCCAAACAACCAUGGAUCCAUCCGCCGAACUGAUGGAAAUCGAGGACGAAUCGGCCCAGGACAGGCUACUCACACGAAUGGCAUUGGAAUUUACCAACAUCAGCUACAAGGGCGAAUUGGAAGGUGAAAAACGCAAAGUCAUACUGGAUAACGUUUCGGGUCGUUUCUGUCCCGGGAAACUAACGGCAAUUCUAGGACCGUCCGGUGCGGGCAAAUCUUCCCUGUUGAACAUCCUAUCUGGAUUCAAGAAACAUGGCGUCAUUGGUUCGGUCAUGGUAAAUGGCGAAACACUCAGCGAUGAAGCUUUCCGCAAUAGGUGCGUCUACAUACCGCAGGAUUUUGAUUUGCUGGAGUUUCUGACGGUCACCGAAAUUCUGGACUAUGCAGCGGAGCUCAAAAUGAGCAGAACGAGUUCGGCGAUGGUUCGCAAGAAGAAGGUCAACGACAUCUUGGACGUUCUUGGGCUUCGGCGCAGCAUGGCAACGUUGGUGAAAAACUUGUCCGGCGGAGAGAAAAAACGACUUUCGAUCGGUAUGGAGCUGAUCACUAAUCCACCGAUCAUUCUGCUAGACGAACCCACUAGCGGACUGGAUAGUGUUUCUGCCAUUCAAUUGGUUAGCUAUAUCAAGACGCUUGCCGCCGAAGGACGAACGAUCGUUAGUGUGAUUCAUCAGCCGGCAUCCAAUUUGUUCAAACACUUCGAUGAGCUAUUUUUGCUAUCAGCUGGAAAGUGUAUCUACAGUGGACCGAUCGACGGGAUGGUUAGUAGUUUUGCUGAAGCUGGAUUUCACUGUCCCAAGUACUACAAUCGAGCAGAUUUUGCCCUGGAAGUUGCAUCCACAACGAACAGCCCUGGACUCGAGCUACUAGUUUUGAAGUACAACAAUUCCGAUGUGUACGUAAGGCGAUCUCUAGAUGGAGAAUACAGUGCCAAAAACAACAUCGGAACACCUUACCGGAACACGUGUUUAACGGUGAAAUCUCAACCGAAGUAUCCCGUUUCGCAGUGCAAACAAUUUUCAGUUCUUGUCAGACGAACGCUUCGUUCAACCACCAGAGAUUUCUUCUUCGCCCAACUUCGCGUAAUCGCCCAUAUCAUCGUAGGCUUCCUGUUGGGUAUCGUAUUCUACAACUCCGGGAAGGACGCUUCCUCAAUCAUGACCAACACUGCCGGCAUCUUUUUCUUCCAAAUGUUUAUCUUCUACGGUAACGCAAUGCCUUGUACGAUUACGUUCCCCCAGGAAACGAAAGUAUUCAUCCGUGAACAUCUGAACAACUGGUACUCACUGGAGGCGUACUAUCUGUCGAAGAUAUUUGCCGACUUGCCACUGCAGUUCAUCUGCCCGACUCUGUUCGUCGUGAUAUCGUACUUCCUGACCGGGCAACCCCUGGAACCGCUUCGCUUCGGAAUGUUUUGGACCAUGUGUCUUCUGCUGGGGAUCCUCGCCCAAACCGUAGGUCUUCUAUCGGGUGCGGCCUUCGACGUACAGAUGGCAACGUUCUUCGUGCCAUGCCUGAGCAUUCCAGCGAUACUGUUUUCCGGGUUCUUUGUCAAGUCCUACGAAAUGUUGGAAUUUCUUCGGCCGCUGGCGUACACAUCGUUCUUCCGCUACAGCUUGCAAGGUUCGCUACAGGCUAUCUAUGGCUACAACCGUACGGAUUUCCCCUGUUCCGAGAUCAUGUGCUACUACAAUCGACCGGAAAAGUAUCUCAAGUUCAUGGAUACCCCGACGACCGGAAUAGAACUGAACAUGGCCGCCCUGGCAGGAUUCAUUCUCCUUUUUCAGGUGGCAGUGUAUGUUUCGUUACGGCGACGGUUGAGGGUUUUUCGAUGAUAGGAUUUAGUGGAGCGACCAAGCACUACAAACCUAGUUCAAAUAUUACUAGGAAUCAUUAUAAAAUUUCUUUUAGAGAUUACCAUGACAAGUCGUACGCGGUGCAAUAUGUUUAAAAGAUGGGUAAAUUAUGAACCAAUUUAUUUUUAAGUGCUAAUACUUGGUGCUAUUCCCAUUCAAUAUCUACUUAGAGAUUGAUUAGAUUUAAUAAAGAAAUAUAUCGAAA